AUGGGUCUCCUGACGCAGUUCAUUCUGCUCCUGUGGAAGAACUUCACUCUCCGGAAGAGACAAAAGGUGCGGCUAGUUAUUGAAGUGCUGUGGCCAUUAUUUCUCUUCUUCAUAUUAGUAGGGGUGAGAUCCACUAAUAAGCCAAUUUUCAAAGGUCAAUGCCACUACCCAAAUAAAGCCAUGCCAUCUGCGGGUGUGCUGCCCUGGCUCCAAGGUAUGAUGUGUAACAUCGACAAUCCCUGUUUGAACUAUCCAACACCAGGGGAGACACCAGGCCAAGUCAAUAACUUCAACAACUCCAUAAUUGCAGGGAUGUUAAUAGAGCUUCAGACUCUCGUGGUGGACAAGUCCUUCCUCAGUAAGGCACAGGCACUUGCAGAUGAUGUGGACCAAUGGACUUCAGUCCUAUCAAAGUCUGACGCUGCUCAACCAGUCCUCCUAAGGAGCAUUCUCAGAGAUGAUGAAACUUUCUCUACGCAUCUGAGGGAGGAUUUAUUCGUUCCGUCAUCAGUUGUCCAAAGUCUCCUGAAUGCACAGAUUCAGCUCAAACCAAUGACGGGGGCCUUGGGGGCAGGCAGUUUGAGAAGCACACUGUGUGAGGGGACAGAUCUCAAUGCGUAUGUCCAAUUUAGCAGCCAAGAUGAGAGGGAGGCUUUUCAAAAUGUCAGCUGCUCCCUGACUCAACAGCAGCUGAUUAACACCCAGCAAGUCCUUCUGCAAAACCUGGAUACGAGGAAAGUGCUUUCUGAGCUACCUGCAGCUUUGGACCUUAAUGCAACAGACACAGUGGCACUGAUAAGCAAAACUUCUCAAGAUGCAUUUCCAAUUAUCGAAGAGGUGGGCAGGCUGCAGAACUCCAUGAUUUUUGGGGCAGCUGGCUCUCUGAAUUUCCAGGAGGACAUGGUCGGAAGUAUCAAUAUGUUGCUGUGUGGAAAGCAGCCUAACUCCAAUUCCACCAAUAUGACCCUCAGUUUACCUUCAUUUAGACAGAUGGAAAACAACAACUCACUUUCUAUUAUGGGCAACAGUUCUGAUGCUUUUUGUCAGACUCUUGUCGACAUCCUGGAGGGCACACCUGGCCUGCGCUACAUUUGGAGCACCUUCAAGCCAUUAUUGCAAGGGAAGGUCCUCUACGCACCUGAUACACCUGCUGCUCGCCUGCUGGUGAAAGAAGCAAAUGCUACGUUCAAUUCCCUGGCUAUGUUAAAGGAGCUCAGUGAUUCCUGGGAUGAACUCGGGCCACGCGUCUGGGAUUUUCUACAAGACAGCCCACAAGUCAACACAAUACGGGCUUUGCUGGCGAAUCCUGUGUUUGCUGCCGUCCUUAACCAGCGUCUUAGUGGUACAGGAUGGACAGCUGAGCUGUUGGCCAAUUUCCUGUACAAUGGGCCUCCAGAGGACCGUCCAGCUGACAUGCCAGCCUAUGAUUGGCGGGAUGUGUACAACACUACUACCCAAAUACUGGAGCUCCUGUCCAAUUUCCUUGGCUGUUUGGAUCUGAAUAAGUUUGAGGCAGCCCCCACUGAAGGUCAUCUAGUGAAUAAAGCCUUGGAGCAUCUGAAUAAUGAUACGUUCUGGGCCGGAAUUGUCUUUGAAAACCUACAACCAAACUCCAGCAACAUCCCUCCCUAUGUCAAGUACAAAAUCCGCAUGGACAUUGAAGAAGUUGAACGAACCAACAAAGUGAAAUCCAGGUCAUGGUCUCCAGGAGCCAGAGACAACUCCUUUAAUGACCUGCGUUACAUAAGGGGGGGCUUUGCCUACCUGCAGGAUAUGAUGGACCACGGAAUUGUGCGAUCACAGACAUCAAAGACUCAACCGCUUGGUGUUUUUGUCCAGCAAAUGCCUUAUCCUUGCUUUGUGGAUGAUGCCUUUAUACAGAGUAUCGGAGGCAUCCUUCCCAUGUUCCUGGUACUGGCCUUCAUGUACUCUGUGUGCAUGAUCAUCAAAGGCCUGGUCCUGGAGAAAGAACUGCGUCUUAAAGAAGUGCUGCAUGCUGUUGGCGUUCAAAACGCUGCCCUCUGGUCUGCUACACUCACAGAGAACAUAGUUCUGCUCACAAUUCCUUGUGCGCUCAUAAGUGUCAUGGUUAAGAGGUCUAUCAAGUUCCUCCGCACGCUGGCAAGCUCUCUCCCCUUGUACAUGACUUUAGCGUGGAUCUACUCGGUGGCCAUGAUCGUUAAAGGCAUUGUUGCCGAGAAAGAGGCCAGGCUGAAAGAGACCGUGAGGAUCAUGGGCCUGAGAAGCUCCAUCUAUUGGUUGAGCUGGGCUGUGUCCAGCGUGCUCCCACUGGCUGUCAGCGCUGUCCUGCUAACUCUUAUCCUCAAGUACGGCAAAAUCCUGCAAUACAGUGAUCCCUCUGUAGUCUUCGUCUUCCUGCUGGUUUUUUGCCUGGCCACCAUCUCUCAGUGCUUCUUCAUUAGCGUCUUCUUCUCUAAGGCCAAUUUAGCAGCAGCGUGUGGUGGCCUCAUCUACUUUCUCCUCUACCUGCCGCACAGCCUCUGCUAUGCCUGGAGGGAUGUCAUGGGUUUUGGGGCCAAGGUUGCUGUGAGUUUGUUGUCAUGUGUUGCAUUUGGCUAUGGCUGUGAAAACCUUUCCAAGUAUGAAGAGCAAGGUGUUGGUAUCCAGUGGUACAACAUUGGCAAGAGUCCAGAAGACGGAGAACGCUACACCUUCAUCUUAUCCAUUAUCAUGAUGCUCUUUGAUGCUACCUUGUAUUGGUUGCUGACUUGGUACAUAGAGAAUGUCUUUCCAGGUCAAUAUGGGAUUCCCAGGCCAUGGUACUUCCCUUUCACUUCAUCGUAUUGGUGUGGGACAUCAUCAGUGACUGCAGAAAGCCCCACUUUGCUGAGAGACUCUGGUGUGCAUGAUGAGUACCAAGAAAAAACACCACCCAAUAUGAAAGCAGGGGUCUCAAUUCGCAAUCUUGUCAAAAUAUACAAGACUGGGAAGAAGCUUGCAGUGGACGGACUGAGUGUGGACUUCUUUGAGAAUCAGAUUACAUCCUUCCUGGGCCACAAUGGAGCAGGAAAAACCACUACAAUGUCAAUUCUGACAGGACUGUUCCCACCAACAUCUGGAACUGCCCUGAUCAACGGAUACGAUAUUCGCACCGACAUUGACAACAUCCGGAAGUACUUGGGAAUGUGUCCACAACAUAAUGUCUUAUUUAAUGAGCUGACUGUAGAGGAGCACAUUUAUUUCUAUGCCCGGCUGAAAGGACGCAGUCGCAGCGAAGUCAAGUCUGAGAUGGACCAGAUCAUUGAAGAUGUUGGUUUACCACAUAAGAAGAAGGAUCUUGCAAAGAAUUUGUCAGGGGGGAUGCAGAGAAAGCUCUCUGUGGCUAUAGCAUUUGUCGGUGGUUCAAAAAUCGUCAUCUUAGAUGAACCUACAGCAGGAGUGGACCCCUAUGCCCGGAGGGGUAUUUGGGAUCUGCUGUUAAAGUACAAACAAGGCCGCACCAUCAUUUUGUCCACACACCACAUGGAUGAGGCCGACAUCUUGGGCGAUCGGAUUGCAAUCAUCGCUCACGGCAAGAUGCGUUGCUGUGGCUCCUCACUGUUCCUAAAAAAAUGUUUCGGAAGCGGCUACUACCUGACUCUGGUCAGAGACGGGGCUGAAAAGAUGACUGCUCAGCGGAAUGGCAUCAUCCCCACUCAGGCCAAAGAGGCUCAAAAAGAGACGGGCUGUCCUUCCAGAAGCAGCCCAGAUGACGGCAUCGGCAGCGACACCUGGAGCAACUCUCAUCCAACAGAGAGCCCCACUGCAUUAAGCGUGUCGCAUAUGGCGGAGGCUGAAACCACCAAACCAAACUGUACUAGAUUGAGGAUGGAUGAUGCAGAGGAGUUAUCUUUACUGAGCUACAGUGUCUUUAAAUGUCACAGGAAUUGUGUGGUGAUCCCAAAUGCUAAACAAUAUUUUCGAAGACUUAUAUUAAAAAGGAUGAGCAAUGCAGGCAAAACUUUGCAGCCGACAGUGUGCUUUGUGAGUCACUUUGUGGCUAUUCCUCAAGCAGAUUUGACAGCUGUGACUCAGCUUGUGCGGUGCCACGUCCCUGAGGCAGUCUUCUUAGAGAGCAUCGGGCAGGAAAUCACAUUCAUUCUGCCCUAUUGUGGAGCCAGAGAUGGGACCUUUGCCACCCUCUUCCAAAAGCUUGACCUAGCAAUGGAUGACCUUGGCCUGACCAGCUAUGGAAUCUCUGACACCACGCUAGAAGAGAUAUUUCUAAAAGUAGCAGAAGAUACUGGAGUGGAUGAAGAAAUACAAUAUUUGGGUAAGAAGGCGAGUGUCAGUGGAAGAGGAUCUGUGGUCAUCACUGGAUGGAAGCUGAUCAGAAGGCAGUUCCUGGCACUUUUUAUCAAGCGCUUCCAUCACGCCCGAAGGAGCCGCAAGGGACUCAUUGCCCAGGUGGUCUUGCCUGCUGUUUUUGUGUGCCUUUCUCUGAUCUUCUCCCUCAUCGUCCCACCAUUUACUGAAUAUCCAAGUUUGGAGCUGCAACCCUGGAUGUAUGAUGUGCCUCAAACCACCUUUUACAGCAAUGACAUACCAGAAAACGCAGAAGUCUCUCAAGUGGUGGAAUCCUUGGUGAACAACCCGGGCUUUGGUACACGUUGCAUGAAUGGAGACCCAAUACCGGAACUUCCAUGCUCCUCAAGUGGUUCUGAUUGGUUCAAACCAUCUGUGGAUCAGGCAGUCAUUGACAUAUUCCUCAACGGGAACUGGAGCAUGUCUAACCCUUCUCCCCCCUGUCAGUGCAGCACUCCAAAACGCACAAUCAUGUUGCCGGACUGUCCACUUGGUGCAGGAGGUCUACCUCCACUGCAGAGGACCCAGAACACAACAGACACUUUGCUGAAUUUAACUGGACGGAACAUGACAGAUUUCCUGGUCAAGACUUUUGAACACUCGGGUAAAGAAAGGUAUGGAGGGAUCUCUGUUGGAGCAAUCAACUCACAGGUCCGUCUGACCGAAGCAGGAGUUGAAGCUGUGUUCAGGGAACUAAAAGACUUCUUCAAUUCUUCUCUGGAUCAUGUGACUAAUCGGACUCUCCAGCAUGCUGAGACACUGCUGAAGAACCUGGGAACGCGGGACAACGUCAAGGUGUGGUUCUACAACCAGGCGUGGCAUAGCAUGGUGUCCUUCUUGAGUGUGGCCAGCAAUGGCAUCCUGAGAGGAAAUCUGCCCGAAGGACAGGAUCCUCGUCAGUACGGCAUCUCUGUCUCUAAUCAUCCUCUCAACCUCACAAAGGAGCAGCUCUCCUAUGUGGCCAUGGCCACAACCUCAACUGACGUGGUGGUGUCCAUCUGCGUUAUAUUUGCCAUGUCCUUUAUCCCUGCCAGCUUUGUCCUCUUCCUCAUCCAAGAGCGGGUGAGCAAAGCCAAGCAUCUGCAAUUUGUCAGCGGAGUAAACCCGGCUGUCUACUGGUUGACUAAUUUUGUCUGGGAUAUGUGUAACUACAUCAUCCCAUGCUUGAUUGUGAUUGCGAUCUUCCUAUGCUUUCAACAAAAGGCCUACGUUUCCCCUCCUAACUUGCCUGCCUUGAUUCUCCUGCUUGUUUUCUAUGGGUGGGCCAUCACCCCCAUGAUGUACCCUGCCUCCUUCAUCUUCAGUGUGCCCAGCACAGCUUAUGUGGUGCUGACCUGCAUCAACCUCUUUAUUGGUGUCAACGGCAGCGUGGCCACUUUCAUAAUGGAGCUCUUUGAUGAUGAUAAUGUCUCCCGCAUCAACGAGAUAGUGAAGCAGGUGCUACUUGUUUUCCCACAUUUCUGUCUGGGCAGAGGGUUAAUCGACAUGGCCAAGAACCAGGCAAUGGCAACGCUCUUCAGCAAUUUUGGGGAAGAUCGUUUUGAGGACCCUUUGGGCUGGGAAAUGGUGGGGAAAAAUCUUUGUGCCAUGUCCAUCCAGGGAAUUGUCAUGUUUGCCUUUACAGUGCUCAUCCAGUAUAAGUUUUUCUGCAAACCCAGACUUAUUUCAGCAAAGGCAUUGCCAACAGAAAAAGAAGACAUUGAUGUUGCCCGUGAGCGUGAACGAGUGCACAAGGGCAAAGCUCAGAAUGACCUGCUGAGGAUUUGUGACCUAACUAAGGUAUACCCUCGGAAGAGCACCCCCGCUGUAGACCGGCUAUGUGUGGGCGUACCUGCUGCAGAGUGUUUCGGCUUGCUGGGGAUCAACGGAGCAGGAAAAACCACCACGUUCAAGAUGCUGACAGGGGACAUCCCAGUCUCCAGUGGAGAGGCCUUUCUAAACGGAUACAGCAUCCGAACAGAAAUGAGGAAUGUUCACCAGAACAUGGGCUAUUGUCCACAGUUUGAUGCUAUCAACGACCUCCUGAAUGGACGAGAGCAUCUGGAGUUUUAUGCCAGAUUAAGAGGGGUACCUGAAAAAGAGGUUGCCAUGGUGGCCGAGUGGGGGAUCCAGAAGUUGGGUCUGAUCAAAUAUGCCAGCAAGUCAGCUGGAACCUACAGUGGUGGAAACAAACGCAAACUUUCCACAGCAAUAGCCCUGAUUGGGUCUCCCCCAGUGAUUUUCUUGGAUGAGCCAACCACUGGAAUGGACCCCAAAGCCAGACGCUUCCUGUGGGAUUGCAUCCUCAGUAUCAUCAAAGAGGGGCGCUCCGUCAUCCUCACAUCACACAGCAUGGAGGAGUGUGAGGCUUUAUGCACUCGCAUGGCCAUCAUGGUAAACGGUCGCUUCAAGUGCCUCGGGAGCAUCCAGCAUCUGAAAAAC